GCAGAUCGACCGACCUCUACGAGCGAGCGAGCAACAGAAAGAAACCGGCCGGCAUUCAUUUCUCACGGUUCGCGAACGCUGCGGUUAUUGUCUCUUCUAAGUGAAUAUUACUGACUAAUUCAAAAUGUGCGACGAGGAAGUUGCUGCGUUGGUAGUAGACAAUGGCUCCGGUAUGUGCAAGGCCGGAUUCGCGGGCGAUGACGCGCCUCGCGCCGUGUUCCCCUCGAUCGUGGGCAGGCCCCGCCACCAGGGUGUCAUGGUCGGCAUGGGACAGAAGGACUCGUACGUAGGUGACGAGGCCCAGAGCAAGAGAGGUAUCCUUACCCUCAAGUACCCCAUCGAGCACGGCAUCGUCACCAACUGGGACGAUAUGGAGAAGAUCUGGCACCACACCUUCUACAACGAGCUGCGUGUGGCGCCCGAGGAACACCCCGUGCUGCUCACGGAGGCGCCCCUCAACCCCAAGGCCAACAGAGAGAAGAUGACACAGAUCAUGUUCGAGACCUUCAACACGCCCGCCAUGUACGUCGCCAUCCAGGCUGUGCUGUCGCUGUACGCGUCCGGUCGUACCACCGGUAUCGUGCUGGACUCCGGUGACGGUGUCUCCCACACGGUGCCCAUCUACGAGGGCUACGCCCUGCCCCACGCCAUCCUGCGUCUGGACUUGGCCGGUCGCGACCUCACAGACUACCUGAUGAAGAUCCUCACCGAGCGUGGCUACUCCUUCACCACCACCGCCGAGCGAGAAAUCGUGCGUGACAUCAAGGAGAAGCUCUGCUACGUCGCGCUCGACUUCGAGCAGGAGAUGGCCACCGCUGCCUCCAGCAGCUCCCUGGAGAAGUCCUAUGAACUUCCCGACGGACAAGUCAUCACCAUCGGUAACGAACGAUUCCGUUGCCCUGAGGCUCUCUUCCAGCCCUCAUUCUUGGGUAUGGAAGCUUGCGGCAUCCACGAGACCACUUACAACUCCAUCAUGAAGUGCGACGUCGACAUCCGUAAGGACUUGUACGCCAACACAGUCCUGUCCGGAGGUACCACCAUGUACCCUGGUAUUGCUGACCGUAUGCAGAAGGAAAUCACUGCUCUGGCUCCAUCCACAAUGAAGAUCAAGAUCAUCGCGCCCCCAGAGAGGAAGUACUCCGUAUGGAUCGGUGGAUCGAUCCUCGCCUCCCUCUCGACCUUCCAGCAGAUGUGGAUCUCGAAACAGGAGUACGACGAGUCUGGCCCCUCUAUUGUGCACAGGAAGUGCUUCUAAGCGAUCCGCGACACGCUGCCUACAGCAGCCCGCGGCCCGGCCGGUCCCGCGGCCGGCUGCUCAAUUCAGGCUUGUAAUCUCCGUUAAUUUAAUUGUACGUAAGAUAUUAUUGUAAUUAAAUCGUAAUAGUGACGGCAGGACGGAGCGCGGCGCCGCGGGCGCGCCUCGACCGCCGGCCUCGGUACUGCACUCGCCAAAGGAUCUUUUUGUAAUCUCAUGAAUGAUGAUUGUAUGUGCUGAAACGGAUAAGACUACUUUCUUACUAGGUCAUUUAUAAAUUAUAAAAAAUGAUGAAAAUACAAAAAAAAUCUGAAAAAUU